CCAUUCUACUUACAGGAUGAUAAAAGUGAUAUGGAAUGUAAUAAAGAAGAUAUUUGGAGUCAUUUUCAUGAUAUUUUCUCCUCUAAAAAGGCUAUGGUGCCGAAGGAAACGUCGAAACUCUGACCCAAUUCUGCCGAUGUCAAAUCAUUACCCUUCAGUAGAAAAUUUGUCCUCCCACUACUCUAUGAAUGGAACUGGACAGGUUCAGGAGGAGUUGUCUCCCUGGGACAGCUGGGAUGAACAGAAACAAGCUGAAAAGAUCAGAUCUGUGGAGGAAUAUCGUCAACGGCAACUGCAGCUACAACAACAACAAUCUCAGGAAAACGAACCAGAAAUGGACUACUUUCAGGAUAUGACACCAAAAGUUAAAAAACAGAAAAAGGUUUUAGUGAAGAAGAAAGAAGAUUAUACAGGGUAUAUAUCUGACAAACUUGCCAUGACGGCAGACAUUCCAAUGAUGCAGAAUUCUGAACUCGGCAGUUGGGAGGAGUCAGGGAACGCAUGGGAGGCGGAGGCAGAUGACGACCUCUCGUGGCAGGCGGACAACGUCAUAAAAGAGAAACGUAAAGCAGAAAGACAGCAAAGACACUUACAACAACAGCUGAAAAAACAAGAACGCGAACAACAAAAACAGUUUAAAUCUCAUAACCCAUUGACUGCUGUCCGAUUAUCAUAAUAAUAAUAAAUAUUCAUAUUAGGGCUUGAAAUUGGGCGGGGCUUAGCUGAUCUAGUGGGAGGGAUUAAAGUGGUUAAGAGGCAGGAUUAUUGAUACCUAGUGCUUGGGAAAUAGUGAUACACGGAUGAGAAAAUUAUGUUUCUUGCUUGGAAAGGUAGCUCUAUUGUAUGGUAAUGUGAUCAUAUUUUAUAAUUAAGUCAGGUAUAAAAGUAAAGAGCAAUAUUUGUUCGAUAUGAAAUCAUGAACAUUGUACUUUUAUCUUUAAUACAAGCCUCGGCAAAUAUUUUGUUACUGCCUUCAUACUAAAAAAGAAGCAUGCAUAUAAGUAAAGUUGUGAAUUAUAUUAAUUUCCUGUACAUGAAAUUCGUGGUUUUGUCACAAAGAACAUUUUCGUGGGUACAUAAAUUUAUGGCUGUUUAUUUUUUCCAAAAGGUUAAAAAAUAUAAAUAAAGUGAUAAAGUGAUGCAAAAUUAUGCUACAGGAGACAAAAUGAAAUUUUGGUGGAUCCUAAAUUCAUGAAUUGACCUAUCCACAAAAAGAACGGAAAUUAGUGCUCCACAUAUAAUAAUGAUUUUGCAGUUUAAAGAUUUGAAAAAAAUAAGCCCUAAUAGAAUGGUCUGAAGAAUGGUAUUCUAAGGGAUACUGUUGCACAAUUUGUGGGAGCUGUUGUUUUAUUUAUUUUCAUUAAUGUCACUUGUACAGAUGCAUAUUAAUCAGGUUAUAAAUUGGGUACAGCUUUUUAAAAGCUUUUCAGGGGCUCGAAUUUAACUCUUCUAUACGCGCAAAAGUUAGUUUGUUUAUUACAAUUAUAUUAAAGUUCUGGAAAUUUGAACAAACCCUUUCAUAGGAAAUUGAUCAAGAGAAUAUUAAUUUUUUAUCAACCUUUAUUUUAGUCUCACAAUUGGUUCACAUAGACAUUUUCUGUAGAAUUAAUUACUUUCCUCUAUUUACAUGGUUAGGUUGGGGCGUUCCGUUCCGCAAAGUAUAAGUAGCCGUUAAGAAACACAUAUAGACAUAGUGAAGAAACACUUUCAUAUCCGGAGUGCACUGUAGUGAUAUCCUUGUGAAAGAAGGAACGAGAUGAUUUGAAUUUUUUUGUUAUCGUAACUACAUGUACAGUCAAACCCGUGUUUAUGACCACCUCUGAGUAAAGAUCACUAUGUGUAUAAAGGCCACUUUGAGACAACCGUACAUUGAUUAUAUAGAACAAAAAAACCUUAAAAUGAGCCGUGUCACGACAAAACCAACAUAGUGCCUUUGCGACCAGCAUGGAUCCAGACCAGCCUGUGCAUCCGCGCAGUCUGAUCAGGAGCCAUGCUGUUUUCGCUAUCAGUUUCUCUACUUGUAAUAGGGUUUGUAAGCGAACAGCAUGGAUCCUGAUCAGACUGUGCGGAUGCGCAGGCUGGUCUGGAUCCAUGCUGGUCGCAAACCCAUUAUGUUGGUUUUGUCGUGACACGGCUCAAAUAAAGACCACAUGUCUAUAAAGGACAUGUUUGGUCUCUCCCUUGGAUAUCCUUUGUUAACAGGUAUGACUGUACUUCUCACAGUCAAUGAAUUUAAGAUUUUUGAACUUACUAGCCCAAAUUCCAGUUUUGAAUUUAUUCUACUAUAUAUUUAACUAAAUUUUCUUGGCCCAAACUAUUUUUCACUGGUCAUGGACCACCGGGCCAGUGCUAAAUUCGAUGACUGUAAUCGCAUAUAUAUCAUUUGUAAAUAUCUUUCAAAUACAAAUGAAGGUCAAUAUAUUAUAUAUAUAUCACCGUUAAACUUGACAAAUAUCUCAUCAUCAGAACACCGCUUUUAAAUGUAUUAUUUUUAGCUUGUUUUGUUUCGGAGAAAAAGUUGAGCUGUUAAUAUCAUUGCAUCGUCAUCAUGAAAAACUUAGAUUUUAGCCUAUUAUUCAAACAUUUCAAAAGUUAUCAAAAGAAAACUUUGGAAUACUUGAUUAAAUAUCAUGACAAGGUGCAGUUGUUAGACAAGGGGCAUUAUUCUGAAAGCUAUAUUUUUUUUUAGGUAUGACCCAUUUUAAACUCGGAUUUUAUUUAAAUUUUUAUCAAAAUUUGAUAGUGAUAAUUGUUGCCCGUAACAGACAAACAUUAACACUACUUGUGGUGCUCUUGUUUUGUCUCGGUGAUUGUGUACAUUUAUGAUUGGUUGAUAAGUUUUGUUCAAUAUGUGUCCCAAUGUACAAAUCCAACUGAAAUACAUAGCAAGGAACUUACUGAUUUUUUUUUCUUUUUUUUUGUCUUUUUAGCAUAUAUAAACAGAAGAUUACAAAUUUUGGUUUUUGCAUGUCAUGAAAAAAUAUACAAACUACUGAUAUGAUAAACUUUUGCGAGUUUAAUGGGUUUUUUUUGUGUUUACAAGAAAUUACAAGCACAUGUACCAGAGAAAGUUGAAUUCGAGCCCUACAUUUUCAUAUUAAUAUGGGGCAGGCUAUCAUCAAAUAAUCAUCAUUUUAAGUUUCACUUCUAAAAGAAUCUUGUAACAAUUUCACAUAUUCCAAAAUAAAUUUGUAAAUAUUUU